GGAAACUGUCUAUUCCAACAUGGCGGACACAGAUUAUGCAUUGGCGUUGUCACUUCAAGACGAAUUUUCUGCCAUUGACAAUGAAGAAACGAGAAAUUCUGGCGAUAAAAGAAAGCGUCCAACAUCUAUAGUGGACGACUGUUGGGAAACUAUUGACCCAACGCCUGAUAUAAGAGAAUUAUUUUUACAAUUUAAUGACAAGUAUUUUGAUAGCAAGCUGUCGUGUUGUGAGGUGAAAUGGGCACCAAGAAUGACACUGUAUGUUGAUUGUUGAAAUUUUAGUUAAUUUUAGAUCAGUGUAUACAUUUUUACGUAAUUUUAUGUUGAUGCAGUAUUCUUAGUAUAUUUAUGUAUUAAUUUUAAUUAAAAACACUACAAUGUAUUAUCAUACCAGGAUAAAGCUCAGCUGCUCAGCUAAUAAGAUUAGAAGACAAACUUGAGUCAUAUAAAGAACUUUAUUUCAUUGCAAAUUUAUUUCAUAGUAAAUUUGUAGUGAAAUGAAGUUCUUAUGAAAUUAACUAAAAGAAUACUGUAGUGUUAUUAGAGAAUCUUGAAUCAAGUUUGUUGUCAAGUGAAUGUUGUCAAGUUAAUGAUUCUAAACGGUGCAAGCAGAAAAUUCUGUCUGCCUACCUUGCUAGCUUAAUUGACGCUCUACCAAAUGAGCUACACAAUCUGGUUUGAUUGAGGACUGGAAAUUAUGAAUGAAAUUGCUUAAUUAGUCUUUCUGAUGAUGAUGAAUAUCUGCCAUUUUUGGGUGGCACCAAUGCAGACAAUUACAACAAUGUGAAAAGCAAUUUUUCAAAAGAAACUAACCAUUUACAAAGCAAAUUUACCAUCAUUUUGUCCAAAAAUUAUAAAAAGUCGCUGUUAUGUGGACUUAUCUUGCAGACUUCAGCUGAAAAGCCACCCAAAAAUGGCGGCAUGAGAAAGGCUGAUUGGACCAUGUAACUCAGUUGGUAGUGUGUCAAGGUAGCAUUUUGAAGAUUAGAAAAAGUGGAAAAUUUAGUACGUAGUCUUUCAAAGUUUUGUUCUCGUAAAAAAGGCACCUUGCAGCCUGAUUCCCCCAUGGCUCUGGUGCCCCUGCACAUUGGAUCUGCACAGGUUAACACAAGGUUUGAACCACUUUUAGAUGUGCAGGUGUAUGUUGUUAUGAGGGACGUGGUGGAUUGUGUUCAAUCAAACUGAGCAUGCCCUUGUUGAAGCUUCGACCCAGAAAAGAUCUUGUUCAAACUUUACUUGUAAGUUAUUACAUCAAUUGACACACGGCAUUGAGCUCUGCAGCCCUUGACACUCAGGUUGGCAUUCGGCAAUGCCUUAAUGGGAGUUUCAAGAGCUGGCUCUAGAGAGGGAGAGAUGCCUUGACCCAUUUCAGUGGUAGCAUAUUCCACUUACUGUAUCAAAUAAUAAAGUAGGUCGCAUCAUAGCCUGUGUACAGACUUGUAUUUAUAUGCUGUAAUACAGUCUGUGAAAAUUUGUGGCAUUGCAUGCCGACUCCCUUGUAUUCUGAUUGGUCAUAGUUAAACUCAGUAGAUUAUGAUUGGCUGAGUUCAAAGGUCAACAAAGUUCUGAUUUUUCUACCUAACAUAAACAAAUCACAACACACUCAGGAAUUGCUGUUAUUUUCGACUUGUUGCAUUUCAUUUGUUCAAUUAGUUAAUCUGCAAUACAUUAGAAAUAUUUUUGUGUCAAAAAUUUAGUAGUUUUGAAGCAUAGAGAGAAGUAAAAUUUACAAUGAACAUCAAGUGGCGAGAAAUUAUUAUUUCGAUAUUUAUAUCAUGCUAAAUUUUUAACAGAAUGUUAGGCAUAGCGUUAUACAGUAGUGUAAAAACAUGGCCUAAGUUCAGUCGUGACCAAUCAGAAUCAACUACCCAUGCAGGUCUGGGUAGCGCUGAUGGUGGUUGACGAGCAAUGCCACAAAUUUUCAUAGACGUAUUAUAGCAUAAUAAUUCUUUACACAGGCUAGCUGCCAGACUCAGGCUAGUCAACCCAUUGAAUGGCACCACUCGAUCUGCUCGCCUUCACAAGUAAAAUCAUCUGCCAUUAGACAGAGUAAAAUAAUAAAAUAGGGCACAUCCAGACUCCAUGCAACUUAAUGUGUUAAAGCAUUUACAUACGAAGUAACUUGAUUUUCUUAUUUCUUCUAGCACGAAAUGAUCCAUGCCUUUCUCUUCGUCACCCAUAACAACAAGGUUUGUAAAAACAAAUAUUUAACAAUGUGUUACUGGAGAGAUAUGGUUUUUGCCAUAGUUUAGGAGUGGGUUGGGGAAUUUUCGAAAAAUAUCUUGUGGUCCCCCCUUUGGUCUCCCCUUUGGGUUUGACCCGAUUUUUUCAAAACUGGUUCCUAUUGGAGUUGGUUGAAGGAGUUUUUUAAUUUUUCAAAAAUUUAUUAUGGCCUAACCCCAUCCCCCUUUGUUGACCCUUGGAUUCCCUGGGGGUCUUCUCUUUGCAUUUGACCAAAAUUUUUAAAAACUGGUUUUUAUCAGACGAAAGUGAUAGACAGAUCAGUCAAUGUUUUUGUUAGUUGAAAGUGAUUGUUUAGUCAGAAAGUUUGGAGAAGGUUGAGUCAUUUUUAAAAUUUAUUUCAAAUUUGCUGUGGUCCCCCCUUUUUUUAUCCAGCUAUGGUUGCCUGUGGUUCAUAAUAUUAGAUUUGUUUGACAUGGUGAUUUUGAUAUUGCAGGAUCAUGAUUCUCAUGGACCAGAGUUUCACAAGCACAUGUCGAGAAUAAACAGAUCGAGUGGUUCCAAUAUUACGGUAACUUUUAGUAUUGUUGUUUUGUAAAACUCAUUAAUAUGCUACUUUGGGAUUUAUAGUUAGUGUAAGAUAAUAAAAGGUGUAUUAGUUGUAAGAUAAAAACACUUGUCAGUCCUUCAUUUGGAAAGCUGUAUUUACAAAGCAUUUCAAUUUAUUUUAGGUUUAUCAUAAUUUUCACGACGAGGUGAGUAUAUAAUCUUAGGUAUGCUUCUAUAAGUUAUACUUACAAAAUCUGACAUCUCAUAUCUCAUAGCAAGUCUGCCAACAAAUCAUCACAAGUUGUAUCCGCACUGUUUGUCCCAAGUUGUCAACAAGUUUGGAACAACUUGUUCACAGUUGUAAGAACCUUGUCGAUAUUGUCAGACUUGUUACAACGUUGUUCCAACAAGUCUGAUACAGUCAUGAUAUAACAAUAUUUUUACAACCUUGUGUCGUCAACCUUGUAAGUCUUGUAACAUUCUUGGUAUUAUGACUGUAUCAGACUUGUUAGAACAGCCUUGUAACAAGUCUUAUAAUGCCAUGAAGCUUGUUACAAGUUGUUAACAGUUUGUUCCAAACUUGUUGCAACAACUUGGAACAAGCAGUGCGAACACAACUUGUCGACAGCUUGUGAACAGAUUUGUAACAACUUAUAAUAAUUAAUAUUUUUUGUUUGUGGAAACACCACGUAAAUUGGUGUUUCCACAAACAAAAAGUAUUAUGUGUUUUAUCGCCAUGUAAUCCUACAAAGAACUUAUUCUAACAAGUUGUUUACAGACCUUGUGUGUUUUUACAUUGUUUGUGCUUAAUCGACAUUUACAGGUAGACUUGUAUCGUCAACACUGGUGGCGUUGUAACGGGCCUUGCCAGAAGCGACCGCCAUAUUAUGGUAUGGUAAAACGGGCCAUGAACCGAGCACCAGCACCCAGAGACCCAUGGUGGCCGGACCAUCAGAGAACCUGUGGUGGUACCUACCACAAAAUCCGUGAACCCGAGGAUUAUGGCAAGAAAAAAAGAAAGAAGGAUGAUGGUAUCAAUGCGGAAAAUGAAGCGACCAAAGAUACACCUAAGAUUUAUGAUUUAUGGAACAAGGAAAGCGGUGGUAAAAGCCACAAGACAAAUAGUAGUGACUCUUCCACUAAUGCCAAACCAAAUUAUAGUAAAACUAGUAGUGGAAAUGACAUAAAUACUGGUGAUUUGUCGACGAAUGCAGGGGGGACAAAAAUUGACAACUUCUGGAGAGUUGAGAAUGAUGAUAGUUCUGGCAAAGAGAACGAUGUUCAGAAAAUAAAUCACGCUUUUACACCUUUCACUGGGAAAGGUCAUGUUCUAGGAUCUGUUCAGAGUGAGACUUCGACAAUCUCUGUGAAAAAGCAAGGAAAUACCAGGACGGUUUCAAAGGGCAGGGAUUUUAGCCCACCCGUGCAGGGAAAUGGUCAAGAUUUCCAAGGCAUAAAAUUGUUUCUCCAAAAUACUGGAAGAUUAUCUUCUCGAUCAGGGCAUCUUAAUCGGAUUGUUACUUCCACUCAAUCGAAAAGUAGUAAGGCUAUUGAUAUUACUGAAAACGAUUUUGUUGACGAUGCCGAUAUUGACAUAGUUCAAAACACAUCAAGAAAUCCUUUUAUAAAAGGCAAGGAAAGUCGUUUAGGAACAAAUCUUACCACAGAAUCGAAUUCGUCCACUUUGAAUGAGAUUGAAGACGUAAGCACGGAUACACAACAGAAGGUGAAUUCGGGAACUCAGUUGACAAUUGUGGAUGCGUUUAAAAAUGUUGGGGACAAAAAAGUUCCAGUGGUUGUCAUAAAUGAGACACCAACAAAAUCUGCUGUCCUCGCGUCAGUCCAAUGUCCUGUUUGCCUGCUUAAGGUUGAGGAAACUCGGAUAAAUGCGCAUUUGGACGCUUGUUUAUCAUAAGAAUUUGCAAUAAGUGUUAGCAAAGCGAACUACAGACUACACAGUUGAAAAAGUGACAUCAAAUUAAGAAACUAUGUAUAAAUAUAACGUAAAUAGUAUUGAUUUAUAUAAAACACAAAAAUUUUAUAAAGUUCUGUUGAUAGUUAGUAAUAUUGAAAUUCUGUUGUGAAUUUAUUAAAAAAUUCGUAUGACUCGAAAAUUGACGGUGUUGUUUUUUAGUCUAAUUUAAAAACUGUAGCGUAACUUCUUUGAUACAUUUUUGUUUUCUUGCUUCGUUUUGAAGAUAUUUCAUUUGGUAUGAUAUGCAAAGGACCAACUUCCUACGUCAUAUAUGCAUAAUGAUUAAGCCCUAGAAGCUGUAUAUCUUUAAUACGACUAAACACAAUCUGUAGAAAACCUACAUGCGUGUUAUUGUGGACAAAUCUCGUGCUCAUCAUUCAUUUUGAGCGAAUUUAUUUGAUAAUGAAAAAAUUAUAUAACAUUUUUAAGUAAGUCCUGUGUGAUCUUUCAAAUUAGACUAAAAAAUAACACCGUCAAUUUUAGAGUCAUAUGCCCUUUAAAUAUAUCGUAAAAACAAAAUGAUAGCAGAAAGGUUUAUAAUAAGGAUAAGAAUAUUAUUGUAAGGUUCAAUUUGUUACUUUAUUUAUCUUUGUUGUUAUUUUUAUUUAGCUUAUGUUUAUCAAGCUGGAAAAGUGCAAAUAAAUCGAAAAAAAUGGACGAAAAA